GUUCUAGGAUGCCAUUUCCCGGUUUCAAAAGCAUAUACGAGACGCUAACUCGGAAGAAACCCAUUGAGGAUUCGACCGAAUCAAAAUUGGCCAAAGUUUUGUCGGCCUUCGAUCUCACAACAUUGGGCAUUGGUUCCACAUUGGGUGUCGGUGUCUAUGUAUUGGCCGGUCAGGUCUCAAAGAUUUAUGCAGGUCCUGCUGUGAUAUUCAGUUUUCUUAUUGCUGCUAUAGCGUCCAUAUUUGCCGGUCUGUGUUAUGCCGAGUUUGGUGCACGUGUACCCAGAGCUGGAUCGGCUUAUGUUUACAGCUAUGUUACAAUUGGCGAGUUCGUUGCAUUCAUCAUUGGCUGGAAUUUGAUAUUGGAAUAUGCAAUAGGUUCGGCCAGUGUGGUGAAGGGCUUAAGCUCAUAUUUGGAUAACUUAUGUGAUCAUGCCAUGGAGAAUUUCUUGGGCACCCAUUUGCCCAUGAAUGUUGAGGGUUUGAAUCAUUAUCCGGAUAUAUUUGCAUUCGGUGUAACCAUCAUAUUCGCUUGGGCUAUUGCGAUUGGCGCCAAGGAGUCGACCAGGCUUAAUACUGCUUUCACACUUUUAAAUCUCAGUGUGGUACUGUUUGUUAUUGUAGCCGGUUUAUUCAAAGUUUCCACCAAAAAUUGGGCUAUACCCAAGGAAGAAGUUCCCGCUGGAUAUGGCGAAGGCGGCUUUGCCCCAUAUGGAUUUGCUGGUAUAAUAAGAGGAGCUGCCAUUUGCUUUUACGGCUUUAUUGGUUUCGAUUGCAUCGCCACUGCCGGUGAAGAAGCUAAGAACCCAAAGAAAUCCAUACCCUUUGCUGUUAUCACUUCCUUGGCCAUGGUAUUUUUGGCCUACUUUGGCAUUUCCACCGUCCUAACAAUGAUGCUGCCGUACUACGAACAAGAUGAAAGUGCGCCCUUGGUGCAUGUUUUCAGCAUUUACGGCUGGACAGUGGCAAAAUAUGUGGUGUCGUUGGGCGCCAUAUGUGCCAUGUGCACAAGUUUAAUGGGUUCAAUGUUUCCGCUACCACGUAUUGUAUACGCCAUGGCCACAGACGGCUUGUUAUUCAAAUUUAUGGCUGAAAUUAGUUCCAAACACAAGACUCCACUGAACAGUACUCUGCUGACGGGAUUCUUAACCGGUGCCUUUGCUGCCAUCUUCAAUUUGAAACAAUUAAUGAAUAUGAUGUCAAUUGGUACAUUUUUGGCCUACUCCAUGGUGGCGGCUUGUGUGUUGAUUUUGCGCUAUGAAUGCGACGAUAGACGUGACAGUCGUCAUAUGAGCAACGGUCGAGCUUUAAUGGAUCAGAACGAUUCGGAUUGUGGAUUCCUAAAAUUACUGUUCAACAGCUCUAAAUCGAUUGUGCCCACGAAGAAAACAGCACGCAUCGUUACGGUUAUGAUUUGUUUAUAUGUUCUCCAGUGUGUUUUACUGACGCAAGUAUUAUUGCCAUUCGAAGAAAACUUCACCAGUAUUACAAUCGUUGAUACUACCAAACUCGGCCUGAGUGUUGCUUUCUUAUUCGUAACAUUAUUCAUCAUUUCUCGCCAACCUGUAUCCUCCUCUUCAUUGGCCUUUAAAGUCCCCUUUGUACCAUGGGUGCCUGGUUUCUCCUUGUUAAUUAACAUCUAUCUCAUGAUUAAGCUGGACAUAAUGACGUGGGUGCGUUUUAGCAUUUGGAUUGCUAUCGGUCUGAUGAUAUUCUUUGGCUACAGUGUGCGUAAUAGUCGUAUGCGUCACAGAGAAAUGAAGUGCUUGGCCGAUUCAGAGUCCAGGGAAAGAAGUGAAGUUGAUUCAAUAUCAUCGCUGCAUCAUGAUGAACGUUUUAGCACACAGGUGCCGCUAAUGGUUAUGCAUACUGCAAGUUAA